UUUAAAUGUUGGUGUCCCCCACCUCUGACGCUCCCACCUCUCAGGGACACGGCAGCAUGAAGGCGGUGGCCGCCCUCCUCCUGGUGGGGAUGCUCAUCCUCUGGGCAGAGYUGCCAACAGGCAGCGCCUGGUCCUGCCCGCCCGUCCGUGUCACCUGUGCCCGGCCCAAUCCCCCGAACGCGUGCCUUACCGACCGGSACUGCCCCCGCGGCAACAAGUGCUGCCGCACCUUCUGCGGGAUGAGAUGCUUCUCCAAGCCGCCGGUCACCCCCAUCUCCUACGAGUGAGCUCSGGCUCCCGGGACAGACCGAGGGCCAUCUCAGGCUCCAGGAUCAGCCCAUGACUGCUGCUGCAGAAUGCUACGUGUCACUACUUCCCCUMUCCCUCUGCUUCCCCACCACUGCUUUAUCGAAUAAAAGAGGCUUU